AUGAGGCCGAUGCGGAAGCAGGCGCCGCUGGACCCCGACACGUGGCUCUCCAAGCGGCUCUCGGAGGUGCACAGGAGCUCGUGCGCGCCGGCCAGCACCGCCGCGGCGGGCGCCGCGGCCGGCCGCAUCUUCGUGUCCAUCGCGGCCUACUGCGACCCCGAGCUCCCGGCCACCCUGCGCUCGAUGCUGUUGCACGCGGAACGAUGGCUCGAUCUUCCGGAGAUCCUCCCCUCGUUCACCGACGCCUCGCCCGUCGCUCGCCUCCACGGGGUCGCACAGGUGGGUGCGCUCGCUACGGGCGAAGGCUCGGACCCGCCGCUGCCGCCGGGCGGGGAGCUGCCGCUGCCAGGGCGCCGCGCGGCGCCGCGCUGGCGGGCGCGGCUGGGCGGGCGGCUGCGGGAGGUGCGGCUGCGGGCCGAGGACGCGCGGGGGCCGUGCUGGGCCAGGUACCUAGCGCAGCUGCUGUGGCGCGGGGAAGAGCUGUACCUUCAGUUGGACAGCCACAUGAGGUUCGUGCCCCAGUGGGACAGGCACAUGCGCGAGCAGCUCGCGGCGUGCCUGCGCCGGUCGGCCAAGCCGGUCCUCUGUGGCUACGGGCGCGGCUACGAGCUGGGCACACCGUACGACUGGACGCCUCCCGCGGACGACAUGCCCUGCCUCAACUGCGCCGGCUUCUUCGACGACAACAGCGUCCUGAACAUCCGGUAUCGCACGCUGAAGGCCCAGUGGCCAGCCCCGCAGCCGGCCCUGUUUUGGAGCGCCCACUUCUCCUUCUCCUCAUCAGAGCUGCUGGCGCAGGUGCCCUACGACCCGCAGCUGCCGAUGCUCUUCUACGGCGAGGAGAUCCUGAUGACGGUGCGCAUGUUUACCCACGGCUGGGACCUCUUCGCGCCCUCCCGCGGGCUGGUUUACCACCUGUGGCAGCGGGAGUACAGGCGCGUGUACAUCUCGACAUGA